AUGUGCACUGGGACAUCCAACGAGCUGAUGAAUCGUCUACGGUUGCUCGACGCUUCGUACCGAGCGGGCAACAACGCUCAUGACAACGAGAUGCUGUCGAUUAUCGAAGAAGAUCCAGCGAAAAGAGAAAAAUUAACUCCGAGAGACGUCGAGGAAUUGCACGCUCCAGCGAGAAGAAAUUUUCCACGAAGACGCGUCAUAGUUCGAGGAUAUGACGAUCUAUGGCAGGCUGAUAUCGUCGAGAUACGUCCGUAUUCGAGCUUCAACAGAGGCUACUACAUACUCACCAUCAUCGAUGAGUUGAGCGCGUGGGCCAGACCGUUGAAGAGCAAGGGUGGAAGCGAGACGGCUGAUGCUAUAGUUGUUGAGAUAAUUCGAGUAAGUGGAAGAUGUCCUAAAAAUUUACAAACGGAUAUGAGGAAGGAGUUUUACAACGCUGAUGUGCAAAAAAUCUUGAAAAAACACGACGUUAAUCACUAUUCCACGUAUUCGACGUUGAAAGCGUCGGUAGUCGAGCGGUUUAAUCGCACACUCAAAAACGACAUGUGGAAGAUGUUUACACUCCUCGGCAAUUACCAGCGUGCCAAUCCCGUAACCUAUCUACUCGAAGACUAUCACGGAAAAUCCGCUGGUGCGUUCUACGAACACGAGUUGCAUCGCGAUACUCAUCCGGACGUGUAUCUCGUGGAGAAAGUACUGCACAGGAAGAGAAAUAAGGUGUACGUCAAAUGGCUGGGAUUCGAUGGAUCGCACAAUUCAUGGAUACACAAAAACAAUGUCAUUUGA